CUCAAACUACACGGAUACAACCACCAUAAACAUCGCUUCGGAAUGGAUAAGCGGCAAAGACAGUAGUCUCGGGUGGGACAGAGGAGGAUGGGCGCAGAGUCCUGGUGUCGGUGUAGAUGUCUCUCGGUCGGCUCUUGCGACGCGCCUCCUCCAAGGCCUCGGACCUCCUGACCUUUAACCCAGGGUCGGCGGGGUCGCGGAAUGGCUUGGACGGAGAGAUCAUCUUCUCCAAGAACAAUGUGUGUGUGCACCCUGCCGAGCCCCUGCCGGGCCUGCCCGAACACCACCCAGGGUACCUGUGUGUGCACAUGGAGAAGGAUGAGAGCCUGGGAACCACUCUGAUCCUAACCUGGGUUCCCAACUCCCGCAUCCAGAGACAGGACGAGGAGGCACUGCGUUACAUCACCCCAGAGAGCUCACCUGUCCGCAGGAACGCUCGGCGCAGGCCCCGCAGGCCCCACUCCCGACACCCUCCUGCCCAGGAGGAAGAUGAGGACCGGGAGGAGGAGGAGAGGAUCGGGAACGGAACUGGGAAUGGAGGGGUCCUGGGUCUGGAGGCCAGCAUAGAGCCCCCUCGUCCCCAGCUGCAGCAGUCCCAGUCUGGGGGGGAUGAGGGGGAUGAGGGGUCCUGUGAGCUGUCGGCUGACGAGGUGAGCAGGGACAGCACCAUGGGCUCGGACUCGGACACCACCUUCUCCUCACCCUUCUGCCUGUCGCCUGUCAGCGAGUCCCUCUUUGAGAGCAGCGGCUCUGUGUUCCUGGACAAUGAGAGCAGGGAGCUGUGUGAUGAGUCCAUGACCCAUUCGGCUAGCUCCGCCUCCAGCCUGGACAGCCACGCUCCCUCUGAGAACAACAGCCAAUCACAGGGCAUGCGGUGGGAGGAACAGCAGAAGGUGCUGGCGUUGGAGCAGCUGGGGGGAGUGUUCCGGGUCGACCUGGGUCACAUGAGGUCGCUCCGCCUCUUCUUCAGUGAUGAGGCGUGUAACAGUGGUCAGCUGGUGAUCGCCAGCAGGGAGAGCCAGUAUAAGGUCCUCCACUUCCACCACGCAGGUCUGGACAAGCUGGCUGAGGUCUUUCAACAGUGGAAGUGCUGCAGAGAGACCCAGCUCAAAGACCAGGUAGUGGAUGAGAAGUCAUGUAUGCAGUUCUCCAUCCGGAGGCCCACCCUGCCGUCCGCUGAGACCCACCCAGAGGAACGUGUGUACCGCCGCCUGGACGUCACCACCUGGCUCCGACACCUCAACCACAACGGACAGGUGGAGGAGGAGUACAAGCUACGCAAGGCCAUCUUCUUUGGGGGCAUUGACCCUUCCAUCCGCGGGGAGGUGUGGCCCUUCUUACUGCACUACUACAGCUGUGACUCCUCCUCCCAGGAGAGAGAGGCCUGGAGACUGCAGAAACGCUCCGAGUACCAUCACAUCCAGCAGAGGAGGUUGUCUAUGAGUCCUGAGGAGCACAGUGACUUCUGGAGGAAGGUUCAGUUCACCGUGGAUAAGGACGUGGUGAGAACAGACCGCAGCAACCACUUCUUCAGGGGAGAGAACAACCCCAAUGUGGAGAUCAUGAGGUGUGUGCUGCUGAACUACGCCGUGUUCAACCCAGAGAUGGGCUACUGCCAGGGCAUGUCUGACCUGGUGGCUCCCCUGCUGACCGAGGUGCAGGACGAGAGUGACACGUUCUGGUGCUUCGUCGGCCUGAUGGAGAACACCAUCUUCAUCAGCUCUCCCCGCGACGAGGACAUGGAGAGACAACUGAUGUACCUGAGGGAGCUGUUGCGUCUGAUGCUGCCCCGGUUCCACCAGCACCUGACCCAGCUGGGGGAGGACGGGCUACAGCUGCUGUUCUGUCACCGCUGGAUCCUACUCUGCUUCAAACGGGAGUUCCCCGACACAGAGGCCCUGCGUAUGUGGGAGGCCUGCUGGGCACACUACCAGACGGACUACUUCCAUCUGUUUGCGUGUGUGGCCAUCAUCGUGCUGUACGGUGAUGACGUGACGGAGCAGCAGUUAGCCACCGACCAGAUGUUGCUCCACUUCAGUAACCUCUCCAUGCACAUGAACGGGGAGCUGGUGCUGCGCAAGGCCCGUAGUCUGCUCUACCAGUUCCGUCUGUUACCCAGAAUCCCGUGCAGCCUCCAUGACCUGUGUAAGCUGUGCGGUCCAGGGAUGUGGGACAGUCGCUACAUCCCGGCCGUGGAGUGUUCUGGGGAGCACCCCGACUCCCAGAGCUGCCCCUAUGGAGGCACAGCCACCUCCCAGCCCUCUGCCUCCCCGUCGCCCUGCCCCUCACCCAACCCCACCCCACUCCCCGAGGGCAAGAGAGGCUCCAAGACCAGAGACAUCUUCAUGUUUCGGAAGCAGUCCUGAGUUGAAAUAGGGGGGAGGGAGAUAAUGGUGCUAAUUCUAACUGUUGAGUAGAUCAGGAGCUGCAGUACCACUUUUCUGCCACUAGGAUUCCCAACAUACUGUAUGUGCUUCUCUUCACACUCUCCUCCUUUUCACAAUCCCCAUCUUAUUAAAGGGAUUUUCCACCUGAUCCUUUUGUCCGGUGUGACAUGGAACACUGCCUUAUAAGAAUGUAUAUUUAUUUGGAACAUUCAGUACCACAGACACUUGGCACUACGGUUCCCAUGAAGAAGAAGCUGCUGUUCUGCUAUUGGAGGAGAUUGGACAAUCAUCACUCUGUGUUGGACUGUAACCGUUCAGGGUCCACACUGUGGUCUAAGGUUGCUGGACUGGAUUCAAGGUGACUCCAACAGUCAAAUACUGACUUGAGGUGUGUUGUCGUGAUUUGAACUCCAUCGAAAGGUUUUCAUAUGCUCACAAUGGAAUGUUUGUGUGAAAAAUGGAAUGAUAUAUUAUCUCAGCAUAUUGCAAUCAGGCUGAAGCCUUUUAACACUACACACUUAUAAACCUCCAUCAACCAAGAGAGGCAAGCUGUCAUUUCAACUGUCAGUAAGUUGAAAUAUUGUUACUUUUCAAAUCAUAUAUUUUUUCCGUUCCCUUCAGAGGGAGUGUGUGUAUCUGUGGGUUUGCGAUUACAAUAUUUAGCAAUAUAGUACGAUUACAUCCUUGCAUGAGCAAUCCUUUAAGUAUAGAGGGCACAACCUGUUUAGCGAAUAACACAACGCCCAAAACAGAGGUAUAUAGGAAACUGUUUCCACAACAAGUUUUCUACAAACAUCCUUAUCAGAUUCCUGUUCAGAAAUCUAAUUUAUUCUCACAUUAUCAGAUGACACUCCCUGUCAGGCAGAAGGAAGGUGGGAUUUCAUUUAUCUUUGAUAAGAGGGGAUAUGAAUAAAUAUGGCAUCUAUCAAAGCAAUAGGGAUUGAAAAAUGUUUUUUGACCAGAUGUAGAGUUUGUGAAAAAUAUGCGGUGAUGGUUGUAGAUAUCACACCAUUACCAGUCAGUGUACAGUUUGGUCAGCUAGCUACAUAUCGAAUACGAGGCAGGAUAUUAGACAAUGUGUUUGUAAGUUUACUUUAAGUUUGUUUUUGUUAAAUAAUGUCAGACAGGGCGGUUGUGUAAAAGCUCAGAGUGUUUUUGUUUUUUCAUAUCUAGAAACACAUUGACCUCCACCUUGACCUCCAAGUGAAUGAGCACCACCAUUGUUGUCACUGCACUAAACAAUAUUAUAAUUCAUUUGAUUUGUACAGCACAGCUUCAAUCAAAUACAAUGAAAUCUCAAGGUUCUUCAC